GAAUUUCAGUAUUGAAGACCUCAGUCAGUGGUGAUUAGUUGAAUCGUGGUGGCAAAAUGUGGAAGAAAAAUAGGCCAGCUGAACGCCCGCAAGUCUUUUGUAUUGCGAUUCGAAAAAGAUCAAAUUCUCUUCCAGAUCCGUCAGGAUGGGCUAAUGUGCUGCCUCCGGACAAAUCCGACCUGCUGAGAAGGGAAGAAGAUGAAAAGACCAGCAGUGAGAGCUCAUCUGGUGAAGCCCGUGGCAUUCAAGUAGAAUUUUUAAAGCAUGAGAAUGUUGCCAGCGAAAUGAUGCGGUCCAAUGCGGAGGAGUACUUCUUAAGCAGGGGACUCGUAAACCGUCCGAGGUCAAGCUUGCAUACGCCUGAAAGUGGCCCCAGUUCCAGACCCGAGACAUCGCCGCAGCCACCACGGCGUAACUCAAUUCCAAGGGUCUUAAGGACAGGAAGUGUAUCUCCACCGGCAGAAGAGAUCCAGCCUGGCGCUUCCAGAGUGUCACUUCAAUCGGGGCCUCAUGCGCGUAAAAACCUUAUCGCAUUCGCUUUUGGGUAUCCUACAGAUUCGCAUUGGAUAGGCAGCGGCGCAGCCCCACAGGCAGCCAGGACUGAGCAGUCACAUGAAUCUAGACAAGAGUGUUGCUGCUGGAAUAGGCCGAAAUAUAUGAGCAACGUUUGCGUUACUGCGACUGUCGUAAUACUUUUCAUGGCCACAGUUUGUUGCAUUUCUUUAUAUCUACGGUUCAUUGCCCAACCGGUUGUGAUCACUACUAUCGACUACCACGAACAAAACUCAAUUAUAACACCGACAUAUUUUGCGAACAUCAACACCACUGAGAAUCCUUGUGAAAACUUCCACCUCUUCGCUUGCCGAAGUAAAAGGAACCGUUGGAUCAACGGGGAUUUAAAAAAACCGUUUCAGAAGCAUAUAGAAACAUUAAUUAGCAGGUCCAUAAAAACCAUUCUCACCAUGGACUUUAAUAAACAUGGACUUCCAAUAUCAGCUAGUCACAAGAACUUACAAGCGUUUUACAAAGCUUGUAGAGUCGUUCAUGAGAGGAAUCCCACCGGUAUUGAGAAGGAAAAGAGUCCUCCCAAGUAUUGGCAAAUGGCUGACCCUGUAACGGGAUGGGAGGCUGCGGGCACUCGAAAGGGUAACUGGGAUGUGAUCACUUUGAAUGCGAUUGAAAACGGAUUCUAUCCGUUCGUUUUUGUCAAUUUAACCACCGUUACGUCGGAAAACGGAGAAAUAAAAUUUAAGGUUGAACCGUCACAGGUCUUCAACCGGUAUGCAAGUGUCUGGAUGAACAUUAAACCCCUAAUGGGUAGUGUUUCGAAUUUAAGUUUGGAGCAACGGCCCGGACUGGAAUCAGUACCUCUUUAUAAGAGUGUCCCAAUGUUUGUCAAAAGCUUGGAAGAAAUGAACUUUCAAAAUUUCCAAAACAUCACGGACUACUAUGUGACCACAGAGGUUCAACAAUCCGUUGAUACAAAACUUCUAAAUCUGCUACGAAAACUGACAAAUAAUGCAACUCUGAAUUCAUGGAAUGUCUUAGAAUUUAAGAAGAUGGUUAAAUAUCUCGUCGUAUUUCAACGGAACCUUAGCCGAAUGGAUGCAGCAAUUUGGUUAACAUAUACCAACAUCAUUAUGUUCCUGAAUGAUUGCCGCUAUUUGCGAACAGACCAGCGGCAGUUGUGCUCUGAGUACCUUGUCGGAGAUUCUUUGCUGAAAAUGAUUGAUUAUGAGGAAUAUUGCGUCCAAGCAACAGUGCAAAGUCCUUGGUUCACUGGCGCCGCAGUAGCCAAUUACAUAGAGUACGCAAAAUUGGAAGUCGGUUUCGAUUCGAAGUUCUCUACCGCGAUGAACGUAUUCCGGAACGUCAAUAUGACAAUGACACAAUGGUUUCAAGGCGAUUCAUGGCUUUCUGAGAUCUACAAAAAAGGUGCCAAGCAACACUUGGGGGACUUGAAAAUAUCUCUUGCAUGGAGGGACCACAAAUUCAGCAUCGAUUCGUUUGAAGCCAUUCAUGAAAGCCACACGGUGCAAUUGUCCAAUGAGACGUUAUUCGACAUGGUCCAUAAGGUACGCAGGCAAUUCCUGAUCGACGAAUUCAACCGAACUAAAUUGGUUCAGCAGAGAUCUCAACCCGCGUUGAGUAUCCCGGAGAUAAGCGGCUAUGUAGAAUAUGAUAGGAAGACCCACACCAUAGUUCUAGGAUAUUCGGCGAUAGAAGUACAGCGCUAUAAUCAACUUGAAUAUCCCUCGCUGUACGGAUCGCUGGGCGAAUGGAUAGCGAGUGCUAUGGAACAAGUUUUCGAUUUUCCAGAAUUGAAAAAUGCCACUUGCAUCUAUCCUCAUUCGUUUUGGAAGUACAAUUUCCUACUAUACUCAUCCGAGUACGUCAAAUGUCUAAAGAGGCAAUAUGAAGACUACAAUAAGAUUUUUGGUAUUAGUGAUGCACCGUUGGAUAUGAUUGACUUAGAGACUAAUUUACCAGCGAUAAUUGGAUCAGAUAUUGCCUUUCGGGCUUACCUUAAUUUACCUAAGCAGGAUUAUAAAAAAGUUUAUCGUAUAGAAGUUGAUGUGAGCUUAACCGGCAGCCAGGUAUAUUGGCUGACGUCCAUGGUGUUCCGAUGCGGUCCAAACCGAUUGAGUCCAAGUUUCUUAACAAUGGCACCGUUCUACACGUCCCAAAGAUUUAGCAGUGCUUUCCACUGCAAUGAAAGCGAUAAAAUGGUUUCAGAUACAAAGUGCAUUUUUGCAUUUCCCGAAACGUUUCUUUAAAAUUAUUUCUUAUGUUCGUUUAAAAUUGGCUAUGUUUGUUUCCAGUGUUAAUAAUUUUAUCGAGAGAUACAAUUUAAUUUAAAAAAAAAACUUUUUUAAAAUUAGAUCUAAAAUACUUUUUAAGUAACGCACCACAUACAUUGUUGUGUAUGGUUUUGCGAAUUAGUGAAAUAUAUUAUAUACUAUUCAAUUGAA